AUGUGUUCUCAUACGGAGCCUACAUUGGUCCUGGACCCCGCCAUGCUAAUGGACUCAACAUUAUCGGACGAGGAGGGUUCCGAUUAUGAGUACGAAUACGAUGAGAAUGAGCUAGAGACCUCGUAUCUUAAUAUCGACCUCACCUCCUCUCAUGGUCCCAUCCGACCCUCUCGACGACGGGCAGACCUUGCGACGGAGUCUUCAUCAGCUGCGGCUACUUCAGGUCGAUCAUCUGUCUCCAUCCACCCUUUCCGAAACGAUGAGAAUGAGUCGGCUCUAGCAAGCACAGAGUCUGAUAGUAGCCCUGCAGACGGGUUCCAAAUCCUAGGCCUUCAUACCCACAAUCCCGUCGUCUCAUACCAGAAUCAAAUAUUCAGCUGCUCCUGGGCCGAUCAAAUUGGCACCGAAUUACACUUCACGCGGCCUGAGCCGGAACCUCAACUUGGACCAGGGCCAGAACCCGAAGCGACAGCUACCCGAGUUGUUCCGUUAAAGCUUGAUAAAGCCUUCAGCCUCAUCGCCGCUAAUAGUGUCAAGAUUCUAGGCCGCAGGGCGAACCUUAUCUCCAGUACAGGCCCCGUUCAGCACUUGCUCUACUCGGGUGAUGCACUAGACGUGACGGGAGGGACAACCCGCAGAGUCGGGCUUCAAACAAACCAGGCUCUGUUUUUAGAGCGAUUGAGGAGCGUCAAGCAAGCCAGAGGGGAGAUAGACACUGUACGCACCGUUUUCAGUCUGAAACGAGCUCAGAAUCUCGAAGAGCGCUUGCGCGGUUGGGCGCGGACAGAAGAGCAAUUGGCCGAGAUUCAGCAACUUAACGAUGCCGCGCUCCAAGGAAAUUCCGAUGCCAUAGCAGAAUUAGAGAAUAUCUACAAUCAACUUGGUGCUCGGGAUCCUGCGUCAUUCGAAGACUCGUUUCAACAGCGUUGA